AUGGGAUCGUUGCCGGUAAUUACAGAAGGAAUGCAGGAAAGGUCUGAGAUUGCAAGGGAACGAGUACUUCACGAAUCACCUCCCGGAAAUUUGCGACAGGCAAGUGAUGAUGAUAGGUGGCAAGAAAUAUUCCGUCUACAUAUACAGAGUGUAGCUGAUUCAAUUGAAACACUUCAUUCGCCGAAUCCAUCCACCUCUGGAAAUUCAACUCUUCCAAGAGGAUCGGCAAUUCGUUUGCCCGAAUUCAACCCUAAAGCGGACAAUGUGGAUGCACGGGCGUGGUGUCAGACUGCGGAUUUGUGUCUUCAAAAUCAAACGCUCGACGGAGGCGCGCUUAUCAGCGUCCUCAGUCGCGCCAUGAAGGGAUCCGCAGCUACCUGGUUUCCACAGGCUACCUUCCCGAACAUGUCCUGGGGACAAUAUCGAGAGGCAUUUCCGGCACGAUUCGAGACAGUUGAAACCACCACGGCGACAUUUCUUCGCGUACUUUCGGGCAAACCAAAAGAAGGAGAAUGUUUGGCCGCAUAUGGGGGAAGAAUUUUGUCUUCUUCAAUGGCUAGUUGGGAAUCUUUGAGCACUGAACAACUUGCUGCAUCUUUUGUGAUGGCUUAUCUGUCGCAAGUGGAUUCUCGGCUUCAGCAGGAAGCAUUCACUAAAAAUAUUGAUUCGCGGGUUGAGCUGCAACAGGAAUUGAUGGCAGUAGCCCAUAGGAAGCGAUCAGUUCUAUUGAAGGAGACUUUCGACUCGAAGCGGCAGAAAUUGAAUGUUACAUCGGGAGGCAAAUGCUACGGCUGCGGUAAAGUUGGGCACAAAAUAGCAGAUUGUCGCAACUCGCAGAAAUCUUCAGGACAAAGCCAGAAGACGUUUACUGCGCCAAGGACAUCAGUGACCUGUUUUAAAUGUGGGGAAGCUGGACACAUUGCUUCUCGAUGCCCGAAGAAUGGUUCUUCGAAACCGGGUUUAUCGAAGAACAACCCUCAAGCGGUUCACCGGGUUAAUCUGUGUGAAAAGCAACCUGUUCAGGGACAACUGUCACAUCUCGGUGAGCAGUUUUCGUUUAGUUUUGAUUCAGGAGCCGAAUGCUCUCUGAUGAAAGAAAGUAUUGCCGAUAAAUUUGCUGAUGUCGUAAUCAAUGAUCAUUAUUUCGAAAUUUUAUUUCACGUCCUGCCUGAUCAUGACCUGAGCUUUGGAAUCCUAGUUGGCCGAAAAAUAUUAGAUCUUGGUUUUGCUGUUGAGAUGUCAAGGACACCUCAAUCUAAAGUUAAUACCGGGGAAUUACAAAUUCGUUUAGUAGAUCCAAACCGGACUGUUCAAAGACGUCCAUAUCGUCUAGGUGUUCAUGAACGAAAAGUAGUUCGAGAUAAAAUUAAAGAAUUACUUGCAGUAAAUAUCAUAAGGCCAAGUUGUUCACCUUUUGCAAGCCCCAUUCUGUUAGUUAAGAAAAAGGACGGAUCAGACAGAAUGUGCGUCGACUAUCGAGAGCUUAAUAGCAAUACGGUUGCUGAUAGAUAUCCUUUGCCCUUGAUGGCUGAUCAGAUCAACAGUUUCGCUGGUGCGAAUUAUUUUACUUUUCUGGAUAUGGCGAGUUGUUUCCAUCAUAUUCCAAUCCAUCCAGAUUCAAUCGAACGAACUGCAUUUGUCACGCCUGAUGGUCAAUAUGGAUAUUUAUCUAUGCCUUUUGGAUUGAAGAAUUUGAAGAAGUGUUCUUUCCUUAUUGGAAAGGUGGAGUAUUUAGGGUUUGAAGUUUCUUCAGGACAAAUCAAACCUAACCCUCGGAAAAGUGAGGCGUUGGCCCAGUUACCUCCACCUGAAACUGUGGCACAGCUUCGACAAUUUAUUGGCUUGACUUCUUAUUUUCGUCAAUUUAUAAAUUCUUUUUCAAAGCUUACUGCACCGCUAUAUAGAUUAACCUCUGGAAAAGAAAAAACCACUUGGAAUCCACAAUUCGAGAAUAUUCGUUAA